GGAUGCUGCAAACGCGACGAAGCGGCAGGAGCCAUGACGCGACCCCCGCGUAGUCACGUGCCGCUUGGUUACCCAGCAUCACCCGAAAGGGGAGUAACACAUUGAACACCGCCAAACUACCGACAUUCGCUGACAACUUCUGUCGUAUUCUCACAUCUGGUUCGCAAUAAUUAUUGAACUCGAUCGACUAUGAGUGCAGCGCCAACUACACCUCGUUAUACGAGGCCGACAGCGGCCUGGCAAACCCGGGUUACUCCAGAGCGCUCUAGCGUCCGGUAUCCCGCUCGACCUCAUUUGAAAAGACCACCGAGGCUUCUUCUCAUGUCUCCUCGCGAUCCGACUCAGCCUUGCCUUUUCUCGCGCCUCCCUCGGGAAUUGCGUCUUCAGAUUUACGAAUGUGUCCUGCCCCGAGACUUGUUCUUAGCGCCAGCCUCCGGCAAAUACAUGUGUGGAAUGAAAGAAAGGUUCAAACCCGCCUUACUUCACGUUUGCGGCUUGGUGCGCCUCGAAGUCGCAACCUUGCUAUAUGGGUCGACGCGUAUCACAUACAAGCUAACAAAUUUUGACUUCCGGCCUUUCGAGCAGUGGGUCACUACCAUACCGAAAGAACACGUUAACUAUAUGUCAAGAAACAAGAACUUGAUUAUGGAUCUAAGCGGACACAUUUUCCCGCCGAUUACAAAGAAAAGGUUUGAGUUGUGCGAUACCUUUGGCAACAGGUACUUGAUCCCCAAAGGAAAUUCGUACAAUCAAUUCAUCAAUUUCUGCCUGCUCGCGCACUGGACUCAAUGGUGUGGCAACCACUCUAUCCCGAAAAAGCUACAUUGGAAUUACAGAUUCGGAAUAAACACUGAAUUUGGCUCGGAAGCAGACACGUUCUCUGUUCUGAGGUCUUUUCAUAAAUGGUUCAGCUCAUAUUUGUGGACCAUCGCCCAACCGAACGUCCAAAACGCCUGGCUAAGGAACGUAAGGAGGCGCACGAUGAAACGGGAACUCCAAAAGAUGUUAGAAAGUAUAGAGAGAGCUUGGAGGGUGCAUCAUACGCGAAUGGAAGACACAAAGGACGCAGAUACGCGUAAAAGUGUGAGUUACUCGGCCAGCGCAUACGCCUCAUUGCGCGAUGACUGGGCUACCAGGGUCGCCAUCGUGAAAGAAGUGAUCAGUAGCUGGUAAUUUCAGCGAACGGAAACCCAAACAUCACUAAAAAAGGUUCAAAGCGGUAUUGCCGGAUGGUCCGUGAUUCGAGAGUGGACGUCACGACUUUUUCUACGAGUAUCUUACGUCAU